AUGGCUCAAGCGAGGCGGCCGCGGAGCAGGCGCUACUACCCCUCAUUCGAGCCCGGGCCCAACAGCCACCACGCUGGGCUUGUCCCCGACCGAGGCCUGGCGGCAGCCGGCCACCACCACUACUGCCACUGCCGUGUACAUCAGGAGCAGCUGGGGGAGGGUUUGCAGCUGCAUGAAAAGGUAGCCCGGCACGAUCGUGAGGUGGCGGGCAGCGGUACGGAGAAUACCCGGGGGGGACCCGCGGACGAUAUUCCGGAGCUAGGGGGGGCGGCAGGCGUCAUCGGCCCCCACGGGGAAAUGGGUGCCGAGUACGGCCUCCGUACACCACCUUGCGGCGAGCACCAGAAACAACAGGACGUAGACGCGAGGUCGCUGGCGGCGGUUGCUAGCCUUGCGCCACCAAAAGGUGCCGCGGCGGAACGGCGAGGGAAAGGCGGUCGGGCUCCACCGCCGCCGCCGCCGCCGUCGUCGGUGCAGUUGCCUCCAGGUCCCUUCCUGCCCUCGCACUACGUGGCAUCAUUGGACGAGCUUAAGCAACAUAACUACCCGUUGCCGUACUUGGAGGAGGAGGAGGAGGAGGAGGAGGAGUAG